UAUUUUAAUUAUUAUUUUUAACUAAGAAUAAACAGUCUUCGCAUCCCAUACUGUGUGUAUUGUCCUGCUUCUUGCUUUUCUUCUCUUACUAUGUUCCAGAGCUAGUUCUGUGAUCGCAUGUACAAACCACAGCUGUGUGGUAUGCCAUGUAUGUGACAUGUGUCUCUAUAGUGUUCAUUGUAUAGGUGUACCAUGAAGUAUUUAACCACUUUUUGGCUAUUCCCAGUAUUCUAUAAUAAAUGUGUUGAAGGUGGCAUUUUUUGUACAUGUCUUCUCACUAGAUGCUUUUAAUGUAUGUAUGUAUAUAUAUAUAGCCUUUUCCUAUAUCUAUUAGACCAUUUUCUACCAAUAUCAGCAUUAAAAAUUUCCUUCCAUUGUCACUUUGGCUUUGAUUUCUAACCAGUGAGUUUAUGGGCUAGUCCAGUCUUACACAGCUUUUUUGGAUCUUUACAUCUUACUUCAUUAAUGUAUGUUAAUAUACAUCAUAUAACAAUAUUGAGUAAGACAUCUAGCUUUAUAUUACUUUGGUUACAGAGUAUUUUUCAUCUGGCAUAUAAUUUAGCAGUUAAAAUUUGGAGCUAUGGACUUUUUUUUGCCUGAAUCAUAAGGCACCCUUGUGAAAAGGCAGCCUCUGGUUAUUUUUUGAUCAGAACCACGUGGGUCUAGAGAGUUCUGGACACCUUAGUCUGGGACACCUUAGUGUAGCACUACUUUACCUACACCUACGGCCUGUGUGAGGCUCUGGAGAACAAAAUGGACUGUCUCAUCUGCUCUCUUCUACUUCUUUGGCUGGUUGAGAAAUAUGGUCAGUCUAUCCAUAUCCUGUUUUUUAUUUGUAUUUGUUUAUUUGGAGUAAAAUAUGAAACUUUUCAGUUUCUACAAAUUCUUGUUUAUUUAGUAGGGCAAUUUGACAACUUUUUACUGUAACUCAUCAUUUGGCUUUCCAGUUAAUGGAUCCUUUUUUCUUUGCUUUUUCUUAGUAAACGUAAAGCAAAAAAAAUUUUGAUGAGAGAUUUGAAAGCAUUUUCUUAAAAGACCUAAGUGUAAACCGAUGACAUAUACAGCGCUAUUUGUAUGUAAAUUGAUUCACUCUGUAAACAUAAGUCAAAAGUUAUUUGUUCCUUUCUGAUGUGACUUUGUGAUGCUUUUAAGAACUGAGACCUAGUUGCAUAUGUGUAACAACCAGUGAUAGCUUUAAGAUUGAUGGCUCCUUUUAUUUCUUCCAUGAUCUUAUUCCAGUUACCUUAGGGGUGAUUAUAUAAUUUCAGGUUAUUUAGUACUUAUUAUCCAGUGAGCAGAUAUGUAUAGAAUUAGUAUUCCUAAUGCAUUUGAAAUAUAUGAUUUAUAAAACUUAGGGACACUUUUUAUACAGAUCAUUUUUAAAAUUAUUUUAUAUACCUUUAAUAAAAUGAGUUUAAGAGUGUAAGAAAACUGAAUUAUGAGUUGUAAAACCUAAGUUCAAAUCUAAUUACUCCUGGUUCUUGGUCACUUGGUGAGUCUUAACCAUUCUGUAUUUUAGUUUCCACAUCUGUGUAAUGAUGAUGUUCAUCUCCAUAUAUCUAUAAAAUUCCUUUUUGAGCUGUGAAUUUCUCAGAUUUCUGAAUCGAGAUGGUACAGUCUAAACUCAAUUAAAAUUUGGUAAUUCCUCUCUAGUGUAUCUGUUGAGUUUUUCAUGUGUAAGCAAUACAUUGGUACAUAUUUGUUUUUAAACAUCAUCUUUAACUGGAGUACUGCAAAAGCCCUCUGCAAACAUUUCUUCCAUCUUAUGUUUUGCCAAUCCAUUCUGCAUGUUAGGAUUAAAAAGGCGAAGAGUUUAUAGUUAGAGUUCUAGACAUGAGCCUAUUUACUCUCUUCACUAUUUAAUUCCAAGAUUCUACAUAAAUAAAGUCUCACAGUUUUGCAGAUAAGUACUUUUCUAAUAAUAGAAUAGCUUCUCAAAUGUGAUUUGAAAGACAUAUAGAACAUGAUGUUCAAUCCCAAACCAGAAGUAAGUUUUUUAUAGCUGGGUGCACUCUCAAACAGUUGUUUUUUGGAAACAGACAUUAAGGUGAAUUUAUUUACUAUCAUGCUUACAGGUGGUGCUAGUGGUAAAGAACCCGCCUGCCAGUGCAGGAGACCUGAGAGACGUGGGUUCAGUGCCUGGGUCGGGAGGAUCCCCUGGAGGAGGGCAUAGCAGCCCACUCCAGUAUUCUCGCCUUUAGAAUCCCAUGGACAGAGGAACCUAGCAGGCUACAGCCCACAGGGACUCAACAGACAUGAAGGAAGUGAUUUAGCACACAUGCACACAUUAUGCUUAAUUUGUACUAAUUUUUCAUGUAUCCAGUAGCUAGUACUAGGGGGGAAAAAAUUGGAGUAAUAGUAUUAGGAGACAUCAUUAUUUACUGGUUUUCUGGAGGCCACAUUUCUGUAAACAUGCUAAAACCUGGAACUUGUCCCCAGGAAAAUCCAGUUGUCAUUAUAUUACGAGAAUUUUUUUUCCUUAAGAGAAUGGAAUCCCCUUGAUAUAUUCAACCAAACAGGGUUUCAAACUGCAUUCCAUCAAAUUUUCCGUGUGGCUAAAUCUGGUGAAGCUUUAGGUAAAUAUCCUAAAAACAAGUAAAAAUCAAUAUAUUUUGUAUUGAAUUAUAGUUAAAACCAAUAAAUUUUUAACAGCUUGAUUGAGAUAUAAUUCACAUACCAUAUAAUUCACUCAUAUAAUAAAGUAUACAAUUCAGUGAUUUUUAGUAUAUUCAGAAAGCCAUUCAGUCAUUACCAUGGUCCGUUUUAGACAGUUUAGUUUAUUUUCAUUAUCACAAAAAGAAACCCCGUACCUAUUAACAGUCAUUCCAUUUACUCUGCCCUGAAACAGCCUAUAGGAGCUCUCAUGGGCAUUCAUUUGUUAAAUUCCCUUGGAGUUUCAUGAAGUUCAUUUCUUGAAGUACUUUUUCAGAUCUGUUAUAUAUAAAAUCUAAGUGUUGAGUUUAGGUUACUCAGAGUUGUGUGCCCUAAGUGAGCCUUUAAUAUGAAAGGAGAAAGUAAAUAAUGGUUUCUGAGUUUAAGACAGUCUGGCUGGAUGCCGAGAUGCUUAAAUAAUAAGGUAAGCUUAUAGAACCAGACUGUGGCUUCAUUGUGGCUCAUUAAAUUUUCUGAAGUUCUGCUUCUUUAGGAGCUCAGCAAAGCAAGCAAGCUGAAAGAAGUGCUGUUCUUUCCUCUCCAGAUAAGUGUCCUUUGUAGCAUCUGAGAAGAAAAUAAGGAUAUUCUUUUGAAUAUGUUUAUGUCAGAGUCUGCUAUGAUGGCACAUUCCUACUGAAACACUUAAAACAUAGGUGAUUUAGGUAGUGAAAGGAGUGGUCUUUCAGCCUUGUUUGAGUCCCAUCCCCCAAAAGUCAUGAAGUAUUAAUAGUAAUUUUCAUGGCUCCAGUCGUUCAGUUGUGGCUGAAUCUUUGCCACCCUAAGAACUGUAGCCCACCAAGGCUCCUCUGUCAUAAAAUAAAGUUGUGGCUAUUGUUAUGUCUUUCCUUCCUUAUAGUGACAUUAAAAAAAAAUCUUCAUUGCUGUGAUUUCAUGUUAUGAUUCUUAGAACCAUUGCAUAACUAAAAUUCCUCAAAUCGCCUGUGUAUGCUGAUGCCUAUCUUGGCCAUGAAUUUGGGAGAUGAACCAGAAAUAAAUUUCAAUAUAUGAGUAUGCAGUUUCUAUGCUAAAUUUGCUGUGCUUUGUUCCUUCCAAAAUUUCCUCUUUCAAAAAGGUUCAAGUUAGUGCUAUGAAAAUAGAAGAGUGCUCAACAUUUAAAUAUCUUCAGAUGUUGGCUAAACACAUUUAAGCAGUUAAAAGGAAAUAUUCCUUCCUUUUCCUUAACACUACAUACUAGUAUUAUGAGAGACAAGGUUGAAAAAUGAGUCAGCUCCUUUCUGACCUGACCUGGGGUCAGAGGGUUAUCUUAUGUAAUUAUAGCGUAAUUACUGGCUGCUCGGGGCAACGCAUUCUCCUCCUAUGCACUCAGGUGGCAGCCUCUGCCUUUAGAGGAGCAGCACAGCACUGUGGUUAAGCUCUCAGGCCACAGUCAAGCUGCCCUGUGACCUAAGGACUUUCUUCAGAAGAUACCACACCUUUAAUGCAAGAAAAUAUACUACAUGUAGCCACACAUGCCGUUAGUGAUGAAGAAUCUGCAGAAGUAAAUGCUAACGAUCAACUGGAAGCCUCAAAGUUGGUUCUGCAAUCUCUGUUCUCACUUAUACGAGGUGAAGUUGAGCAGUUGGAUUCAAGAGCACUUCCCCUUUGCCUUCACCAGAUAGCAGAGUCUUAUUUCCAGGAGGAGGACUAUGAGAAAGCAAUGAAAUUCAUUCAGCUCGAACGACUGUAUCACGAGCAAUUGCUCGCAAAUCUUUCUGCCAUUCAAGAACAGUGGGAAACAAAAUGGAAAACUGUACAACAACAUACAGUUACACCUUUGAGGAAUUCAGAAAAAGGAUUUAAUGGUGAAGAUUUUGAACGGCUUGCUAAAUUUUGUGCAACACAUCAAGAUCCUCUUUUAUCCAAAGAUAAGAUAGCAGCUGUCCAGAAGUCCCUGGGAAGGAAAUGCUUUAAGCAGUUAAUAGUGUCUGAAGAUCCAAAGGAAAGAGGAGCUACAGCCAAAGAGCUGGAGAGUGAAAUUUGUCUUGUCAUGGAAUCAGGAAAAGAAAGCCAACAUAAAGAAGAGACCCCGGAGAGCAGUCCCUGCUGUAAUGAGAUGGUCAGGCAGGCAGAUCCCCGGAGCCUCCCGGUAACUGCAGGGAAGGGCCACACGGAGGAGCCACUCUGCAGCUCUGAAGCCACGCAGGAGCUCCACGCCCAGCCCUCGGAGUCGGCAGGGAGCAGGUCCAGCCCCCACUCCUCAGGGAACGCUCCUGAGGAUGACAGCCGCUUGCAGCUGGCUCAGACAGAGGCCUGCCAAGACGUGGCCGAAACAGAGCGCAUUGCUAAGGACCCUAAGGUUUCCAGCCCGUCAGUGACAGAACCAUUGAUUUUACCAGGCUCUGACCAUAUACCUCCUGCGUUGAUUUCUGAGGGUAAAUACUCACAGAGAAAGGAACUCCGGUUGCCACUCCGGGAUGCUUCUGAGGCGUUGCCCACAGACCAACUUGAGAACAAUGAAUUAAAUGAGCUGCAGCAACCUGAUCUCACAGAGCGUGAUGGAAAAUCACCACAGGGGCAGGCUGACUCAGAGGGUUCUGAGAGUGUACUUUGUGAAAAUAAUCCAGUGUCUGAUUUAAGUACAGUGCUACCAGAGGUGUAUAUGGCCCCAGAGGAACAGGGAGAUAAGGAAGAACAAGUCAGUAAAGAGACAGACGACUAUUUGAACAGCCUUUUAGAAGGAUGCUUAAAAGAUACUGAAGAUUCCCUCUCAUAUGAAGAUAACCAAGAGGAAGACUCUGAUUUCCUUCAAGAUCUUUCUCCUGAAGAAGCAUCCUAUAGCCUACAGGAGAACCUGCCUUCUGAUGAAAGCUGUCUCUCUCUCGAUGAUCUUGCAAAAAGGAUAGAGAUCGCAGAGGUUGUUCCUGCUGAAGGACUGGUCUCUAUAUUGAAGAAGAGGAAUGAUACUGUAGGAGAUCGUCCUGCCCAGAUGCAGCAGAAACCAUCCAAGCGAAGAGUGAGGUUCCAAGAAAUAGACGACAGCCUAGAUCAAGAUGAAGUUGGAGGUGGUUCCUGUAUUUUACUGGUCUUGCUGUGCAUAAUGACGGUUUUGCUUAGUGUGGGAGGAACUGCGUUAUACUGCACUUUUGGUGACAUGGAGUCACCCGUUUGUACAGACUUUGCAGACAACGUGGACUUCUAUUACACUAAGUUACUACAGGGAAUAGCAGAACUUAAACACUGGAUCUACCUCUCCUAGCAAGCAUUCAAGAGGGACAGGCAUGCUGGCAGUGAGAAUCAAAGAGUGAACCUUUCUAAGCAGCUUUUAUUUCAGGAGUUCCGUAACAUGCGCCCGCCCUCCCCACCGCCCCCCACCCACCCCACUCCCCACAGAGGAACAACAAACAUCAGCAACAGCAACUGUAAAUGGCAAUCCAGAGGAACUCUCAGAAUAAUCACAUAAUGACGCGCUAUUGAUCUGAGCACUGUGGAUGGAAGGCAUGGUCUUUGGACAGCAUGUCCACCUCCUCCUCACUGCCUCCCAGUGUAGUGAGCUGCACUGAGCAGAAUUAGACGGGGCAGUAUUGGAGCCAAACCAUUUUUGGCUACCUUCAAGCUAAUGGUUGACUUCCCUGGUGGCUCAGAUGGUAAAGCGUCUGCCUACAAUGCAGGAGACCCGGGUUCAAUCCCUGGGUCGGGAACAUCUCCUGGAGAAGGAAAUAGCAACCCACUCCAGUACCCUUGCCUGGAAAAUCCGAUGGACGGAGAAGCCUGGUGGGCUACGGUUGCAAAGAGUCGGACACGACUGAGCGACUUCACUUCACUAAGCUAAUGGUUAAAGGACACUCUUGAUUUACAAUUGUUGGUCCAAAGACGUUGCUUCCAGCCAUCCCGCAAUAAGUUUGUGUGUAAUGAAAAGGAGUUUCCUUAUGGUUUCAGUGUCUUUUUUAGUUCACGUUGGGAGCUAUAUAAUUUAGGCUUUGUGCACUCUUUCCAGAUUCUGUUUUCCACUUGCGAAAUGGUUUUGUGUGUGUGUGUGUGUGUGUGUGUUUCAGACAGUUACCAUAAGCAAAAACCCAACAUAGAAUAACAAAGAUUAUCCUUUCAACAUGACUAUAAAUGUGCAGGCACAAAACUUUCAAGAAGGCGUAACUGUGGAACAGAUGAAUUAUAGAAGUCUUGGCCCUGAAUUGAGAAACUGUGACAGACACAGUGACAGUUACCUUGAUUAACUAGCCAGAAGUUCAUCACAGGCCUAGAGAUAAAGCUGAAUAGCUCCCCCUGAGUCUCAGGCAACCAGUUUCAUCAUGGAUUCAAUGCUUCCUGUAAUGAAUGCCGGAUUCAGCUCAAUUCAGUAAGACCUACUGAGCACCUAUUAUGUUCUGAGAAUCUAAGACCCUUUCUACAAAAGUAAAUAAGAUAUUAGUUCCUGCUCUAGAUGUUUUGAUUCUGGUCUUAGGUAAAAUAAACUAAUACUUUAAUGAAUGAAAUUAAAUCAUCAUAUAUAAUUCAGUAUUAACAGAUCAGACACUCAGAUGCUUGAAUAUGCAUUCGUAUCAUGGGCUUAAUUCAGACCUAAUAUAGGGUCAUUAGAUGAAAAUCCAAUCAUAUCUUAAAUAGACAAAUGUCUGAUUUUUAUUUAAAUCUGUCAGUUUUCCUUUUCUAAAGUACAGUGAUCUAACAAUUAGGAAGCCUUUCUUUAACCUUUUUAUCUCAUUGAUAGCAUUCUAAAAGAAACAAAACACAUGAAUUAUAGUUUUUUAGCAAUGAUCAUUAUUUCAUGUUUUUCAGUUAGAAUCAUUUGAAAGAAAAAGAGAAUUUUCUUACUAGUUGUUACUGGCUGGUACAGUACAUCCCUUCGUGUUUCAGCUUAUUUAUUUAGACUUAUGAUUUUUAAAAGGGCUUUUUAUAGAAGUUGAAAUUGUGUCAUUUAGCACGCAUUUGGUUAUACCUGAUAUUUAAUUACUGUAUACUUAGUGUUUUUAUUUUCUAUAAUUUCAACUCAGUGUGUUUUUAGGCUUAUUUUUAAAUUGAUGUUUUAUUUUUACUUACAAUACUGUUUGACUUGUCUCUAUCAUGCCACCAUAAACUAUAAUAUUUUCAAGGAUUAUAGAUCAAAGAUAUUUAUUUAGAAGUGUACAAGAUACUGAAAUCUAGAUUCCUUAUACUUAAGGCUGAUUUUAUUAGAAGAUUAUUUUAAUGUUCUAUUAUAAAUUUUAAGAAUUUGUAUUCAACUUGUAUGUAAAUAUAUAAAAUGUUGAUGGUACUAUCUUAUGUGGUUCUGUAAGAGACAUUCACAGAGUCUACUGUGUGGGUAUCCCCAACAUAGACGAACCUCUUCUGUUUUACCCUCAUGAUUUCUAGUUACAGAAAUUUGGCAAUGCUGAUUUCUGCCGGUUUUAUGUCAAGAUAAGUCAAAAUUUCCUUCCUGUUCCUUUUUUCAAUCACUAUUGAAGUUCUAAAUAAUCUGUAGUAUUACAUUGGCCACCAGGGCCAUUGCUUCUGAAACUGAAGAUUUCCCAGGUGCCUUCACACUGAGGGGAAAGAUCUGAGAUGACGCUUUGGUCCCUGGAGGCAGCUGCAUCUCAGGAAAGCCACGCUUGUCCUCACUGCGUCCCAUGGAGAGGGAGCUGAGCUCAAGAGCAUACUGAUGUCUUGAUUUAAAAUAGGCAUGAAAUCUCACCUAGAAAAACUAGGGCAGCUUUUUAAAAUGUAAUGGUAAUUUAUUGCAUGAAUUGGAGUAAUUCCAUCUGGUGAUGAGAGAAUUGUUAUCUCUCACAUAAAGAAUUCAUCCAGUUUUACUAUCAUGUAAUUUUUUCCUGUCAUUGGAAAGUACUGACAACGAUUUGUAACUAAUCUUCCUUAAAAACUGUAUUUGGGGGUAACAGAUCAAGCUUGUAAUUUAAAAUCUACACCAACAAAAUGUCUCAGAGAGUUUAUUUGAACCUCUUGGGUACUGAGAAAAACCGUUUUAUUUAAAGUGAAAGUAAAGUAAUUUCAGAAGUUG